ACCAAUAUUAUCCUGCAAAUGGUCUUUGCAUAAGAGUUGAGGAUAGUGAAAAUUAUAACAAACCUAGAAGCGAUAUCGUUAAUUUAGAUAUUAGUAACCAAAAUUUAGAAGGCAGUUUACAAAUAGGAAAUACCUUUCCCAAACUAGAAAAGCUUAACU